CGCCACCUCUUGUUCAAAACAAAUUUUGUGAAUUCGCAAUACGAACAGGGGAUAUACUGCGCAAUCUACGGUUUUCUCUGUCAUUACUAAUCAGCAACAGUCUUCAGAAAAAAUGUAAUCAUCAACAGCCCAAAUCGGAAAUCGAGCAGGAAUCUUAGGAAUGUUGCUCAGAACAGUCUUCACUCUAAAGAGGAGUGUGAAUUUGGGUUUCCUGUUGGUAAUGAGAAGAUCUGUUUCAGUUUCAAGCAUAGCUGCAAUAGAUGUGGCUGCUAAAGAUGGGGAACUCAUGGUCUUUGUAGUUGCAGGAGAGGUUUCUGGGGACACUAUCGGUUCCUGUCUCAUGGCUUCUAUGAGAAAGCUCUCUCCAUUUCCUGUCCUUUUUGCUGGUGUGGGCGGGUCCAUGAUGUCCGACCAAGGGUUAAAAUCUCUGUUCCCAAUGGAAGAUAUUGCGGUAAUGGGGAUCUGGGAGUUGUUGCCGCAUUUGAACAAGUUCAGAGUUAAGUUGAAGGAAACAGCACAGGCGGCCCUUUUGUUCCGGCCUCACGUUGUGGUUACUGUGGACUCCAAGGGGUUCACCUUUCGUCUCCUACAGCAGCUGCGCACUAAAUACAGUCAGCAGGGAUUGGUUAGUCCUCCACACUUUCACUAUGUAGCGCUGUCUUUUUGGGCAUGGAAAGGGGGUGAAGCAAGGCUCAAAGGGCUAUCUGAGUUCGUGGAUCAUGUCUUGUGCAUACUACCUUUUGAGGCAGAAGUUUGCAGAUUGAAUGGACUAGCUGCGACCUUUGUUGGCCACCCCAUACUUGAAGAUGUUUUGGAGUUGAAUUUGGGGAAGAAUAAUGUAGAAAAAGGAUGGAAGGUGCAAGGAAGUUCUGACAAAUUUCAUAGUAAACAUGAAAUAUCUUCAGGUAAGGAAAUUCUAAUCCCUUUUUUGGAAGGGAGCCAACUCUCAGAUUUCUCUCUAAAAGGGGCCACAAUUAUUUCCUUGCUUCCUGGAAGCAGAUUACAAGAGGUAAACCGCAUGCUUCCAAUCUUCUUCAGUGCAAUGAAGCUAUUAAAAGGCUGUUUCUCAGAGUUGAUUAUGGUGAUCCAUGUGGCACAUAAUAAGCACGUAGAAGACUAUAUCAACAGAGUUGUUCAUAAGUGCCCUAUACCUGUGAUUCUGAUUCCAGGAGGAUCACCUCACAUGAAGUAUGAUGCGCUAAGUGCGAGCAAGGUUGCUUUAUGUACUUCUGGGACAGUGGCUGUGGAGAUGCAACUUGCACGGUUGCCUUGUGUUGUUGCUUAUCGAGCCCAUGUUCUGACUGAAUGGUUGAUACACUAUAAAACAAAAGUACCAUGCAUCUCCCUUCCCAAUAUUCUUCUGGAUUCAUCUGUAAUUCCUGAAGCUCUCUUUCAAGCAUGUACCCCUACAAAACUGGCAUCAUUGCUCAUGGAUCAACAGAGAAUGAAGCUCUUCGAGAAGAACAAAUUGUGGCUGCUGAAAAGAUUAUUAAACUGCUACGCCCAUCAGAAAGAACCAUUUGCAAUCCAUCACCAGAGGAACUCGAACCCAUGUUACCUGAUCACUCCCCAAGUAUGAUUGCCGCAUUUACUGUUCUAUACUCCAGUAGGACAUAAUUACUAGAUUUUCAUAAAUCGUGAUAUCUAUCUAAACCAUCUCCCGGCUGUUUUGUAGUCAUUUUUGUUACAAAUGGAACCUUUUUAUUGA